AUGGAAUCAUCGACCAUCUCGAUGAGCCACUGGCUGUGUAUGCCGCCAUCUCCACUUCGUGGCAGCAGUGCAUCGAGCGCCGCUGCUUAUUACAUUGCCCGUACUUGCGACUACGCUGCCGGACGAAAGAACUGCGAUGGCGCCCCUGCCCCCAUUGCCCCUCCCAAGGGUCUUCGUAUGGUCGUUGGAGACCCGUACCUUCGAAGAAUAAGAUAG